AUGACGAACUCUCCCUGGCGAUCGGACGAUCGACGAUGGGCUUUGGGAGUUGCUCUGUGCCUAUGCGGAGCCGGUGCCGCCGCUCUGCACUGCACCAGACGGCGACGCCGGCGAGCCGGCGAGACCCAGGGACAGCCUAACGGCACGAGACACGCGUCGAUUUCGCGGCGUGACUCGCAGGACGGCGGGAGGGUGAGGAGAGGGUUGCCUCCCCGGCACGCCGGGCCGGACAGCUCUGGCAGUCUUUCGGACACGUACCCGGCCGUGGACAUAGGGGCGGUGCUCGGCGUAGACAUCGGGGGCACUUUGUCGAAGCUGGUGUACUUUGAGAAGAAGGCUCCUUCGGAGGCUGACCCUCAGUGUAAACCUUCAGGGGAUCCAAUGGGCAAAAAGGUGGAGAUGAAGCGGACGGUCAGCCUGGGCAACCUGCACGACACCAUGGAGCAGCAGGAGGCUCUGAAGGAGUUCUACACCUUCAUGGACCAGGCUUCCAGGGUCGGGGAGAGCGGCGUCAAGGAUGCCCACCUGAGCGUGUACAGCCACGCUCUCGGUGGGGUCCUUCACUUCUUCCACUUCGAGACGCGCUUCAUGGACCGUGCGGUUGAAGCCAUCGCCAACAGCCCCAUCCACCGCAACAUACAGGCGCUAGGCUGCACGGGUGGCGGUGCGUUCAAGUUCGAAGAGUCGUUCUUGCAGAGGCUCGCGGUAAGGAUGCUGCAGAUGGACGAGAUGGAGUGUCUCGUGAGGGGGAUGCAGUUCGCGCUCGCCAACAUCCCGGAGGCGUGCUACACGUACCGACCGCCCGUGGAGGUGAAGAAAGAGGGGGCCCCGUCGGGGGGAGAGGCGGAGGAGGGGGGGGGUUCAGGGGGAGAUGAGCCGGGUCCGGAUCCCCGGGACAACCUGAGGAAUAAGAGGAUGCGUGAGAUGGCGGAAGUGUCAGCCAAACGGGAAUACACGGUCAAGGUUGGUCGCUCGAUUGCGGACGAGCCCGCCACCACUGCCUAUCCGGCGCUGGUGGUGUCGUUGGGAUCAGGGGUUUCUAUCAUCAAGGUCGAUGGUCCUGCCAAGUUCAAACGUGUGAGCGGCAGUAGUAUCGGCGGGGGCACGUACUGGGGGCUGUGCCGACUCCUGACCGAAGCAACUAGCUACGACGAGUCUCUGGACAUGGCUCGUCAAGGCAACUCCGACAAGGUGGACAUGUUGGUCGGAGACAUUUACGGGCGAGGGUACAGCAAGUUUCAGCUGAGCUCCAACACUUUGGCGAGCUCGUUCGGAAAGGUGGGCGGGAUGGAGGCGCCAGGGAAGCCGGGGUCUGGGGUCAGCGAGGAAGAUCUGGUGCAAUCGCUGUUGGUGAUGAUCACCAUGAACAUCGGACAGGUGGCCUACUUGAACGCCAAGCUGCACAACACGCGGCGCAUCUACUUCGUUGGGAAUUUUUUGCGACACAACCGACUGUCCGGCCAGCAGCUGGCCUUCGCGAUAGACUACUGGAGCAGCGGGGAGAUGGAGGCCCUGUUUUUGGAGCACGAGGGGUACUGUGGCGCUCUUGGCUCCUUCCUCAUGUCCGGCACAGAGGAACCAAUAGGAGGGGGCGCUGCCUCCGAAUCAACCGAGGACUAGGUUUGCGCUAGAUACGUUUGAACGUUUUUUUGGGGUGGCGG